AUGGGGAAGAAGGGCAAGAAGAAGCCGCCGGCGCCGCCGGCCGUCUCUUUGCCCAGUGAACCCCCCGGGUUACCCCCCCCGGUCGCCACGCAUGCCGGCAUCGCGACGGAUACGCCCCGAACGGAGGCGUCGUCUUGGCCGAGCACGCCGGGCAGCUCGUGGUUGCCGCCAUCGGCGUCGCGCGCGACCGCGUUCGAGCGCGCGCUCGCGGAGGCUGGAAUGGACGAGGAGGCGGGAACGGCGGACGCCGAUGUCGUCGCGCCCGUCGCGGAGAAGGAGCCGGCGUCGGGGUCGACGACGCCGGCAUCGGCACCCGAACCCAUGGUCGACGCCGGCGACGCCACGGACGUCGCCAAUCUCCGAGCCAGGCUCGAGGCCGCCGAGUCCCGCUUGGAAGCCUUGCGCGCGGAUUUCCACUACAACCUCGCGCUCCUCAAGGACAGGGACGCGGAGCUGGAGGCCCAGGACGAGAAGAUCGCGUCCCUCGAGCGCGCCAUCGCGCAGCGCGACGUCGCGGCAGCCGACCUCGACGCCCGGCUCGUCGCGACCACCGCCGAAAAGUCCGCCCUGCCAGCCGCGGUGGACCGCGCGAAGGAGGAGGCCGAGUCGACCGCGUCGCACGACGACGCCGUUCGCUCUAUCCGCGCGACGCACGCCGCAGAGCUCGAGACGGAGCGGCGGCUUCGCGACGAAUCAAUCGCCGAAGCGAAUACCCGAGUCGAAGCCGCGAAUACCCGCGCCCACGCCGCCGAACGCGACGCACGGCUGGCCGCUGACGCGCGGUGCGUCGCGGUACGAGCCGAGGCUGAGGCGCGGGUGCGGCGGGCGACGGAGCGCGUGGAGGAGGUUGAGCGUGAACGCGAUCGGCUGGCGGAGACGAAACAGCGGCUGCUCGACGAGUACGAGGAAAAGUGCGAGAAGCUGGUGGCGUCGAUGCGGGACGUCGAGGCGCACUUCGAGUCGGUGCAGGACGACCGCGAACGGGCGGAGCGGGAGCGGGCGGCGUCCGAGGAGACGUGGCGAUCGCGCGUUCGCGCGUUGGAGGGUGAGCUGGAAAAGGCGCGGGAAAAAGAGGCGGACGCUCGAGCCAUCGCGGAGCGGGAACGCGACGAACGCGUGCGCGUUGCGACGCGUGAACUGGCAGAGAAGGCGUCGGAGCUGGAGCGUGAGGCGACGCGCCUCGCGUCGGAGAACGAACGGCUGGGUGAAUCGCUGGCGCGCGCGGAGGGGCGCGCGGACGCGGCGGAGACGCGGCUGGCAGAGGAGCGGGAGAGGUUGGAGACACAGCUGGCAGAGGAGAGGGAGAGGUUGGAGACGGAGCUCAAGGCGCAGCGGUCGGCGGUGGACGAGUUGAGCGCGACGCACGCGAAGGAACACGCGAUGCUUCGCGCGAGGGCGGAGAGCGCCGAGGCGGCGUUGGAGGAGUUGCGGCGGGCGUACGCCGCCAGGUCGCUCGCGGCGGCGGCGGUGCCGGCGGUGGAUUCGAAAGCCUCCUCCCCGGAAGCGGAAGACCUACCCGAAGAUCUACCGGAGGCGGAUGGCGUCGCGACCGAAGACCCGGACCCACCCGAACGGAAUCCGACGGAAGAGACGCGCGGCUCGGAGACGAAGGGGUGGACGGAGGUCGAUCCCGGGACGGAGACGAAUCGGCGCGGAGACGAACCGGCACGAACCGAGAAGGGUGAGGAGUACUGGCUCGAACGGUUCGACGCGGCGGCGCGAGCGGUGUCCGCCGCGAUCGCGUCCCUUCCGGAGCCCGCCCCGGAUCGAUGCCGAGAGACAAAGGGUCCGGCCGGGGGUGUCGAAGAGGCGGGUGGGAUGCGGCUUCGCGAGCGGAUGCGCGCGCUUCGCGCCAGCCUAUCCGCGACUCGCGUCGACGCGGGAACCCCGGCUCCGAUUGAUACCGCCGGGAAGGCGAAGAAGAAGAAGAAGACGACAAAGAAGAAGAAGGCCUCGUCGCCUCAACCGCGACAACGUCGAUCGUCGCCGUCGCCGUCGCCGUCGCCGUCUGGAUCGUCGGGUCCCAAGAAACUCAAGAAUCUCGAGAAGGCGCUGAGGGCGCUCAAGGCCAGGCCGAGAGUGGCAAAGAAGAGAGCCCAACGGAAAAGAGCGACGACGACGACGUUUGUUCGCGACGUCGAGGCGCGAUCGGCUCCCAUCUCGUCGUUCGCCUCGCAUCGCACCGCGUUCGGCCGAACGACGACCGAUCCUUUACCCGGGACGUACCGUCCAUCACCCCCCCGCGCGCGCCAGGCGCUGGACCCGAGGGAGGAGGAGGCGGUGGCGCGGUUGACCCGUCCCAAAUCGUCUCGGGAAGUACCCGAGCCGCCGCCGCCGCCGUUCAGACCCCGGGGAUACUCCCGACCCCUCGGCGCGGUGCCGAGGCGGCCGCCGCACACGCCGUUCGAACCGCCGAGCUCGUUCCGCGCGCCGUCGCCCCCGAGCCCGACGCCGCUGGACGAGCGGGAGCUGAGCCGGUUCGAGGCGCACUGGGAUAAGGAGAACGCGCGUCAUCGCUACGCGUCCGCGGGUGACAAGGCGGGCGACGGUUACUUUGCGCUGAGUCCGAGGUCGAAGCGAUGGACGACGAGCGCGCGGGAGGGGGCGUCGCGGGAGGGGAUCGGACCGGCGAGGGAUCUCAUCGCGGCGGGGGAGGACAGGCUGGCGGCGCUGGAACGGAGGAGGCGCGAGCACCGAGCUCUGAGAAUGGCGAUGCGCUUCAACGGGUGA